AUGAAAAUCUCCCUUGCAGUAAUUGCCUUCCUCAGCAGCUUCGCAACUGCAAUGCCCCAGCCCCGGGGCUUCAAUGCCAGAAACACGAACAUCAAACUCCAGGCAAGAGUUGUCUCAAACACACCUGGCGGUGAUGGUGGCGGCUAUGUUCUCGUCGAACGUCAGGCCAAGGAAGAUCAAGGCAAUCGUCCAGUCAAUAAGAACCAGCGUUCCAAGGCAGCGGGAGGCAACGGCGGUUCAAACCUUAUCCAACAACUCCAAGAAACAUUUGACAGGAACAAUCCCAACGGGACCCCUGCGGCUCCUGGAGACCCCGAUGACCUCAACGGCGAUGGUGUUAUCAAUGUUUUCGAAGCUGGAGCUCAAGCAUCAUAG